CUAUGGGUUGGGAUAGGGCUGUGUCUGUCUUGGGAGCCCAGCCCCUCAGGUUUCUUAGUUGCCAAGGGAGGAGGGUAAUGUCCACUGCACAACCCCAGGACACUGCUACUGUGCAGGGAGGGAAAUUAACACCACUCGUACGGACAUCCAGAUGUUGUGGAGCUAACUGUUCAUCAACUCAUCAAUGUUCGUGUCCCUUCUUAUGCAGUGUGACAGGGCCUAACUCUGAAAGUAAGAGGGGUCUGGGGCUUACCUUGGAGAGCUCCAUCCAUGAGCUCUGAACACCAUGACCUUUCAGAAGUCUUCGUCGACCUCUAGCAUAUUCCACAUGCUCAUAUUAUGGUUUGUCAUUGUCCUGUUUUGCACUGAUGGUUUGACAGCUGGGAUGGGGACGACGCCUAACCUGAAACACAUUGUGAUUGGUCGAUGUUACAGCUACAUAACACUAGUUUGCCCUAAUUCCAGCUAUGACUGUGAGGAGAUCUGGAAGGAGUUUGAGGAGGCUGUAAUGAGGAAGUCUCGCUGUAAUGUGAAGGUUAAGGACUACAAAAGGAUGUUCCAUGCCACACCACAGACUCUGACAUGUGGUAAGUUGCUGUUCUGGAGUAAGACCAGGGAGCUGAUACACAGCUAUGCAGCUGUAACCCGUCGUUUCUGGACCCUGGAGGACACGCUGGUGGGAUACAUGUUCAAUGACCUCAUCUGGUGCGGACAGGAAGAGAAAGACAGAGGCUUUGAUUUCAACUCUUGCCCAGAUUGGUCAACAUGUGUUCACCAUCCUGUCUAUUCCUUGUGGAGACAAGCCUCACAAAACUUUGCUGCAGCGGCAUGUGGCAACAUCACAGUGCUGCUCAAUGGAUCCAUAGAGAAUGCUUUCAACAGGAAAAGCAUGUUUGGGGGUGUGGAGCUGGACAGCCUGAACCCCAGAAUGGUGGAUCAUGUCAACAUCAAGGUGGUGGCCAACCUGGAGGGACCCUUCAUAGAAUCCUGCACUCAGGGCUCCAUUGUGGAUUUGAUCAAUGUCCUACAGACCAGAGGGUUCCGCUGGACCUGCACAGACAGUGACCUAACUCUGAUGAUCCUCCAGUGCAUCCAGAACCCUCAACAGUUCUCCUGCCUGCCCUGUGCUAACAGCCUACUGCACCGACAGAGGCUACAUCUAUAGAUGGGUUACAUCCACCCUAAAAAUAUUAUCCCCAUAGUAGGCUAUGUGUCACUUUUCAAUGCAUUAUACUCUCUCCAAGUUGUCUUUAGAUAUGCACACAUCUUGCUGUUUGUUUACUAUGUCUGUUAAUUUUAACUGAAAAAAAGACAGAUGAAUUAUAUUUAUGUGAUAAUGACAAAACUCUGCUCUGUGAUUGGUCCUUUCAUAAUGACAUCAUCAUAACCCUGCUCUCUGAUUGGUCCCUAAUCUUGUUUACUUAUCAA